AUGCCGGAAGAACCGAGAGCCGCAGGUAUGAAGAGGAAGAGCAAGAGGAAGAGGAAGAGGAAGGAGAGGGAGUGCCAGGCGGAGGAACUUAUUUUCAGCAAGGUGCUGUCGCCGGUGGACGUGGGGAAGCUGGACCAGUUGGUGAUCCCGAAACAACACGCGGAGAAGCUCUUCGAACUGGACGCGGCGGCGGCCAACGACAAGGACGGGGAGGACCCCGAGUACAUCUUCGAGGACCGCUCUGGCAAGCCAUGGCGCUUCCGUUGCUCCUACUGGAACCUUAUGAGGUACAUCUUGACCAAGGAAUGGGGCGACUUCGUCAAGGAGAAGUGCCUCGAUGCGGGGGACACUGUCUCCUUCUACCGUAGUGCCGGUGCCGGCAAGGCCGCCAGAGCAGGACAGGGCCACCUCUUAAUCGACUACACGCGCAAAGGCGACUGCAAGAAGGACCUCCAUCUCCGUCUCCAUCCAGAUCCAGAUCCAGCCCCCAGGAUACCGAAGCAGCCCGUGGAAUCCGAUAGCUUCAGCAUAUCGAUCCUGCAGUUACCUAAGCAUCCCGUGCAACAAUCCGAUAGCUUUCUGCAACCAUUUCCUACGGCGCCGCCGCGGCCGCCGUCGCAGCUUCCUCUAGCAACUCCCACGGCCAGGAUAGAGCUGACUGAUCCCUACUCGCCUUUCCAUCUCCAAAGCUCCAUCAGGCGGCUCUUUCAGCAGCUUGUCCAUGUCAGGGGCACCAACACCUCGUCAUGCUCAUGCCCCCCCAAUGCGCAAGCACCGCUGUCUGAUGCUUGGUAUCAAACCUUAAAAUAUUUGACAUCCAAUGCCCAAGAAUGCCUCCAGUAUGUCUACUACAAGAUGGUCCUCACCAUACAUGGGAAUGGAGAAAGCCACAAGAAGGAAUGGUCUAAGGUGUCAGCGAGUUCAUCCAAAAUGACAUCUACAACUACAAUCCCCUCCCAGUUUCAUUGUGGGGAGGAACUAAGGAUCUUGUCAACCAUUGAGACACUAGAGGGUUCCAUACAUCAUAUUCGUGAAAUAUGUGGUGCCAAUCUUAACAACUGCCGAAUAAUGGUAUCUCUUAGCCCUUCAAUCAUGUAUUGCAUCCUCUUGUGUCGUGGUAUUUUAGGCAUUAUGAGCAUAUCUGGUGCCGAGGAUACCAAUGAGAAACAGGAACUUCCAGUGUUUGCUUUUGAUGAUCUGUCUUGUCAUGACAAGGUAACUAGGGUGAAAGCACAGAGAAUACCAGCAGGUUGCAAUGGGCUUACACAACUGCCAGCUUCCCUUGGCAACCUUCAUAAUCUCGCUGCACUCAACCUCUCUUGCUGUUCUUCUCUUCACAUAUUACCACCAUCAGUAGGAAGCCUGCAGAACUUGCAGAUUCUUGUUCUUUCAUGCUGCCAGAAGCUAAAGAAUCUCCCAGAAUCAAUUUGUGAGUCUUCCAAGCUCAGAUUGUUGGAUUUGUCUGGCUGCUCCAGUCUUGAAACUUUGCCUGAUUCUUUUGUCAACCUUGGUCAUUUAGAGAUUCUAAACCUAUCAGAAUGCAAAAGACUGAAACAGCUUCCACAACCAUUUGGUAGCCUUCAGGGACUGAAGUCCAUGAAUUUAUCAGGCUGUCAUGGAGUGGACUUGGAUGUUGAAUGUGUAUCUAAGCUUGCAAAUUUGAAGUACCUAACGCUGUCAACCCAUAUAAGUACCCAAUGUUUUUCUUAUUCCUUUCCACAUCUUGGGAACUGGCUGGACAUGUCAAGAUGGUGGAGGAAGAACCAGAUCCAUCUUCACUGCUACCCGAAGGCUGCUGUUCUGCAUCUGUAUACGUCUCACAAGCAAAGUAUCAUUAACAAGUUACUGUGUCAUGGUUCAGAUAAUGAUGAUGCUACUGCUGACCAGAUAGUCACUUCUAUUUGCAUAGUUGGUGAAAGUGGCAUGGGCAAAUCUGAGCUGGUCCAUCAAAUUUACAAUGAUCAAAUGAUUUUGGAAGCUUUUGAUUUGAGAAUAUGGGUAUACAUGUGUGAUAAAAAGAGGCUAUUAGGGAAAAUAGUAGAGUUUACAACUUGUUCCCAUUACAGUGAUGCCCCAAUCACCGUUCUCGAAGAAAUUGUAAUAGAGGAACUUACUGGAAAGAGGCUGUUACUUGUACUGGAUGAUUCGGAUGUCAAGAGCCAAUAUUUCUGGAAUGAUUUAUGGAUACUACUAAAUGUUUGUGCUAAAGGAAGUGCUCUCAUUGUAACCACUAAGAGCAAGGAAGUCGCUAACCUGAUUGUUGAGAAAUGUGGUGGUAAUGCACUGUGUGUAAAAGCACUAAGUGGGUUGUUUUGUCAUUCUGAGAUUGGCUUUUCUGAAAUUGAUAUGCUUGUUGGUGGUAUCUUGCCAGCAUUAAGACUUUGUUACAAUCUUUUGCCAGCACACCUGCAGCAGUGCUUCAAAUUUUGUUCUCUAUUCCCCAGAGAUUAUAUUUUUAUCAGGAAUCACAUCAUCCGAUUAUGGAUAGCUCAAGGUUUUGUCUUCCCUGAAGAAAGUAGUCAGCCAGAAGAUAUUGGCCUUCAUUAUUUUGAUGAGUUGUUCUGCAGAUCAUUUUUUCAGCGUUCUCCCUUUCAUAAUGACCAAGAAGAUAAGUUUGUUAUGCAUGAGCUGUUUCAUGAUCUAGCACUGUCUUUUUCAAAGGAUGAAUGCUUUAGGUGUGAGAAACCCUUCUGCAGCUUACCUGAAAACAUUUCCCACCUAUCCCUUGUCCUUUCAGAUUUUAAGACUGUUGCACCUUCUAUGGAAGUUAGAAAUCUGCAGUCAUUUUUGGUUGUCAGGAGAUCUUUCCCAGUUGUGAAAUUUUUUGGUUUGGAUGACCUUUGUUUAAAAAGUAGAUUCUUAAGGUCAUUGGAUUUGAUAUAUACAGACAUUCUAGAGCUUCCAAGUUCUAUUAGGAACAUGAAACACUUGCGGCUCUUGGCUCUCAACAACACAAAGAUCAAUGGCCUUCCUUUUGAGAUAGGACAGGUAACCACUCUGCAAACAUUGGAACUCAAGGAUUGUUGCCAUCUCAUUAACUUACCAAGAAGUACAAGUAGUUUAACAAACCUGCGACACCUUGAUGUGCGAAAUGAACAAGGCAAUGUACAAGUUGGCAUGCCUCAUGGUAUUGGACAGCUGACUGAUCUCCAAACGUUGGCAGUAUUUUACGUUGGGAAUAAUUUAUUGCAUUGUUCAAUUGGGGAGUUGAAGAAUCUUAAUGGACUAAGAGGACAUGUUCAUAUUACAGGGCUUGAGAAUAUUGAGAAAGCUAAUGAUGCCAGAGAAGCAAAUAUAGCCAACAAGCACUUCCUACAAGCUCUGACGUUGGAAUGGUCUUACAGUGAUGAAGACAUGGAUGAUGAUUUGGGCAAAGAAAUUGGUUAUGUGAUUCUUCAAAAUCUUCAACCAAAUAGCAAGCUUCAGCAGCUUAUCAUUCGAAAUUAUCCUAGUGAUCUCUUUCCUGUCUGGAUGCAGGACUCUUACCUCUACAAGCUUGUCUCAGUUACACUUGAUAACUGCCAUGAGUGUAAUGAGCUUCCAUGCCUCGGUGACCUGCCAUCCCUUAAAAAUCUCUUCAUACAGAGAAUGAAUCUUAUACAAAGCUUUGGCAUUAAUAGAAAUUCUUUGGCCACUGAAAGAAUAUACUCUCCGAGAUUCCCAUCACUGGAGGUAUUAACGUUAAGUGAGAUGUAUAGCUUGCAGUUUUGGGUUGCCACAAGUGAAGGGGAUUAUCCACGGCUUUGCCGUCUUUCAAUUAGUAGGUGCCCAAAACUCAUAAGUUUGCCUCGCCUUAAUUCCCUAGUGCAUCUUUCAUUUCACUUUGGUGGACCAGUACUGCCAUCCUUCUCAGAACUUCCACUGCUUGAGUCGCUGAAGAUUGAAGGUUUCCAAAAGAUUAAUUUUAUUAGUUUCCCACGUCAAAUGAAGACCUUGAGGAAGUUGGAAAUUAGUGACUGCAAAGAACUGCUAUCUGUGUAUGCUUAUUCAUUAUCUGUUUCAGAAUUACAAGUGGUCAGGUGCCCAAAACUUGAUUUUGUUGGAAAUUUGAUGGAGGACCGUCUUGAGCAGCUAGCGGUUGGUUCAAGGCCGUGUUUGGCAUGGCUCGCGUGCACUGCUCUGCAGCCGGAGCCUGAGCCGAGAGGCCAGAGCACCAAAAAUGUGGCUCUACAUUCCGUAUGCCCAAAAUGGCUCCAGCUCUAG